CGCGCGCUCGCUGAGCCCAGGAGCAGUCGGCGCGCUCGCAGCUCGCAGCUCGCGUCCCGCAUUCCGCAUCCUGCAUCCCGCGUCCCGCAUCCCGCGUCCCGCAUCCCGCACCCCGCGCCCCGCGUCCCGCGCCCCCCGCCGCCGCCCGAGCCCGCCGCGCUCGGCGCACCCCCCCGCGCUCCGCUCCCAAGCCCCGCCGGGGACACUCGGUCGCCGCGGACAGGCUGUCCCCCUGCGGCCCCGCAGCCAUGGCCACCAAGAUCGACAAAGAAGCCUGCCGGACGGCGUACAACCUGGUGCGCGACGACGGCUCGGACGUCAUCUGGGUGACUUUUAAAUACGACGGCUCCACCAUCGUCCCCGGGGAGCAGGGGGCCGACUACCAGGACUUCAUCCAGCAGUGCACAGACGACAUCCGGCUCUUCGCCUUCGUGCGCUUCACCACGGGCGACGCCAUGAGCAAGCGCUCCAAGUUCGCGCUCAUCACCUGGAUCGGCGAGGGCGUCGGCGGGCUGCAGCGCGCCAAGACGGGCACCGACAAGAGCCUGGUCAAGGAGGUGGUGCAGAACUUCGCCAAGGAGUUUGUCAUCAGUGACCGGAAGGAGCUGGAGGAAGCGGCCAUCAGGGACGAGCUCAAGAAGGCGGGCGGCGCCAACUACGAUGCGCAGACGGAGUAGCCCGGCCCGGACGGCGCCCGCCCCGCGAGCAGCUUCCCCCCUCCUCCCGCUCCCCGUCCUGUCCUCGAGGGCCUGCUGGGCGCCAGAGCUGGGACCCCCUCCCGGGACCCCCUCCGCCCCUAGCCUCCCCAACACCCACCCGGCCCCAAGCUUUGGGCCCGCGCGGCAGCUGGAGCACGCCCGCCCCGUCAUCAGGCCCGGCCCGGGAAGAUCCCCCUCGCCCCCCGCCCCCGCCCAGAGCCGCCUGAGCCCCGGCCCGCCCGCGGGGUUCAGCGGAGGCGGCUCAGGCCUGGCUCGGAAAUUUGCCUUAAACUCGCUGGGCAGCGCAGGGUCCCCCGAGGGCCGGGACGGGGCUGCCCCGAGGGGAGGCUGUCGUGGGACCCCCGAGCCGCCCGCCCGAUCCUCAGGUUCGAGUUCCUUCUUGGGAGGGAGACGAAACGGUUUCAUUCGAGCAGCUUCCCGGACCCUUUCUCCGUCCCUCCCUCAGGGCCCCGGGCUGUCGGGCUGGGAGCAUCUGUCAGUUUACAGAAAUAAACGGUCUGUGUUUUUCA